AUGCUCGCCAUCAAGAAAUCAGAAAACGUCACACCAUGCGUGGCCAACGUGCUACCCUGCAGAAUCCAACACAAUGGCCCCGUCAAUGCAUCAACAAGACACUGGACACCAGAAACCAGCUCAGACGGCGAAAGCAGCACAGCAUAUUUUCGCGGCAGGAAGUUGAAUGGCAAAAUUGUGAAUUUACCAGAGGGUUACAGAGGCGCGAUAAUUCAGAAAACAGACAUCAUCCUCCCACCCACUGGCACAUCAAAUACACCCCUCGACGAAGACGAUGAUCUAUCCUCAACACCUGAAACGAAUGUGGUGCAGGAGAUUGCAUCUUUUGACAAGAUUACAGUCUGGGGCCAUGAAGUACAGCCUGAUGCUCAAGAAGACGUGUAUGUCAGGGUUGUGAAUGAGUGGAUUGGUUUGGCUAGCGCGAUGAAUUCAUUUGAGGAGUAG